ACGAAAAGAAAGUUGCCAUUCCAGAGAUAGAGAGAGAAGAGCAUUGAUAGUUGUAGUAGGGGAGAGGACUGCGCAAUGAAGAAUGAAGAGGAUUGAGGAAAGUUUUCUUCAACGAGGAGAGUGGUGUGUCUCAGUGUCUGUCUUCCAGUCUUUCUUUCUCAUCAAAACCAAUGAAUGGAUUCCCUUUUCUUAACCCAAACCUCUCUUUCCCCAACAACAACAACAACAUUAACAUCCCCACUAUCAUUAUGCCCCUCUCCUUCAUCUCUACUACUGUUUUCUUUAUUUCACCUUGUUUUUCUUAGCCGUCCCAUUUUUCAGAUCCAUCUCUCCUUCACACUUCCUUCAAUUCUCCCCCGUUCUACAGUGAUCUUCUUGUAAGGACGGAGAGUUAGAAAGAAACACUACGUACGUACUCACAAUCUAUCAGUCGCUCGAUCACUCUUCCCCUUCUUCUCCCUUUUCGUAGAAGGAAGAUUGCAAUUUAGGGUCAUAGUAUCCGAGAGCGGCGCGAAAUGGAUCCAGACCCUAGCAACUUUCCGAUUCUUUCCUAUGUGAUGUCCAAACUUCCCAGCUUUGGAUCCUUAAGCGUCACCACCGCCUCUGCCGACGACAUGGAACGACCAACGGCACGGACCCGGCAGCCGCAGAAUCCUCAUUUUGAGAUCACUGACCGCAUGCCUCAUCUCACAGAUCCCAACGUCGUAGUUGCCAUGCGGCUGGCCAUAGUGGACGUGGCGCAGACCCGAUCUCUGCUCAAAGCUCUGGGCGACCGUCCUGAUCACGAGAUGGUGGAUACUGCUAAGGCCAAACUGGCGGAAAUUGACGCUUUUCUAUCCAAGCAAUUGGAUGACGAAGGGAAGAGGAAAGAGGCGGAGAAGGAAAGGGAGAUGUAUAAAGCGGUGAUUGAGUUGGACGAGAUGCAUCAGGCGUAUGAGGUAUUGUUGAAAGAGGCAGAGCGAAGGCUGGGGAGGAUUUACGAUGUGGCUGUGGCUGGCGGUGAUGUGGCAGCAGCUCUUGAGGGAAGGGAGGAUCAUAUGAAUAGUGGGGGGGUGAAAGAGGAGGAGGUGGUGAAUGAGGAAAUAGUAGCAAUUUUGCAAGAAACGUUGGAGAAAGGGGUUGAAAGAGUUGAUUUGUCUGGCAGGCAAUUGAACUUGCUGCCUGAAGCAUUCGGGAGAAUUUGCUCCUUGCUUGUGCUUAAUUUGUCCAACAACGACCUUAAGGCAAUUCCUGAUUCGAUUUCAGGUUUGAAGAACCUUCUGGAACUUUGUCUUUCUUCUAAUGUUUUGGAGUCGCUUCCAAACUCUAUAGGACUUCUGUUUAAUUUGAAAAUACUAGAUAUGUCUAGUAACAAGCUUACGACACUGCCUGAUAGCAUCUGUCACUGCAGAUCACUGGUAGAGUUGAAUGUAAGCUUCAACAAACUCUCAUACUUGCCAACGAAUAUGGGGUGUGAACUGGUGAACCUUAGAAGACUUUCUGUUCCAUUUAACAAGCUCCGGUCGCUUCCCACUUCUAUUGGUGAGAUGAAGUCCUUGUCCAUUUUAGAUGUGCAUUUUAAUGAGCUCCAUGGACUUCCACUUUCCAUUGGGAAAUUGACAAAUCUUGAGAUCCUCAACCUAAGCAGUAAUUUCAAUGGCUUCACCCACCUACCGGACACUAUUGGCGACUUGAUCAAUCUCAAAGAACUUGAUCUCAGCAACAACCAAAUCUAUGAACUGCCUGUUACAUUUGGCCGGCUCGACAAUCUUAUAGAGUUUAAGAUGGACCAAAAUCCUGUUGUGGUGCCUCCGAAGAAGGUUGUAGAUGAAGGAGUUGAAGCUGUGAAGGCUUUUAUGGUAAAGAAACGACUUGGCAUGAUUAAUAUGGCAGAAGAGCGACGAAGCAUGCUUGAACAAAAAGAUCGUAGUGCUUCCUGGUUGAGUGAUGUUGUUUCAAGUGUUUCAGGAUAUUUGGCAGGCGCUGAAAAACCCGAACAAGACGACUAUCUCAACCAGCAGUUAUGAUUUUUGUUUUUUAGUCUCUAUUCUAAAUAGAAUUUUAGAUUAUUGAGGUCGUUGUAUUUAAACUCCGAAUUAACCGGCUUUCUUUUCAGGGCUCUAUUUUCUCUUCUUCCCCACAGAUUUGCUGGUUUAAUUUUUAUCCUUUU